GUUUCAGGGAGGAGGGUGAGUUCGCGGGGAGCUGCAGCAGUAGUUUGAGUUAUUUAGCUGUCGCUGGGGAACGGAGAGCUCUUUGGUGAUUAGACUUAGCCAGCCAGCAAGUACGCUAGCUUAAUAUUCUCAUUGUAAGGGCACGGUAUAAACGGAAGUCAUAUUAGCUAGUUGGCCUUACGAAAUCAGUGCAAGAUAGGAACAAGACAGACUGGUCACAGACUUUGAAGGGUCAGAUCACACGUUUUGGAAGGUUUCAAUGUUUUCUGAAGAAAGGGGUCUGUUUGAAAGCUGGCACCAUGGGCUCCAGGUCGGUAGCAGACGUGCUGAAGUGAGCCGACCCCUCCCCUUGCUAUAAACCCUCACCCCACUGGGGGGCUGAGCCCAACCUACCUCCCGACCGGCCCGAGACCAGCCAUGGCAGGCUUCAAGCGCGGGUACGACGGCAAGAUCGCCGGACUGUACGACCUGGACAAAACCCUGGGGCGAGGCCACUUCGCCGUGGUCAAGCUGGCCCGCCACGUCUUCACCGGGGAGAAGGUGGCCGUGAAAGUCAUCGACAAGACCAAGCUGGACACCGUGGCCACGGGGCACCUGUUUCAGGAGGUGCGCUGCAUGAAGCUGGUGCAGCACCCCAACAUCGUGCGCCUCUACGAGGUCAUCGACACGCAGACCAAGCUCUACCUGAUCCUGGAGCUGGGCGACGGCGGGGACAUGUUCGACUACAUCAUGAAGCACGAGGAGGGCCUGAGCGAGGAGCUGGCCAAGAACUACUUCGCCCAGAUCGUCCACGCCAUCUCCUACUGCCAUCGGCUCCACGUGGUCCACCGAGACCUCAAGCCGGAGAACGUGGUCUUCUUCGAGAAGCAGGGCCUGGUCAAGCUCACCGACUUCGGCUUCAGCAACAAGUUCCAGCCCGGAAAGAAGCUGACCACCAGCUGUGGGUCCCUGGCUUACUCUGCACCGGAGAUCCUGCUAGGAGAUGAGUACGAUGCCCCGGCUGUUGAUAUCUGGAGCCUGGGGGUGAUCCUCUUCAUGCUGGUUUGUGGGCAGCCACCUUUCCAGGAAGCCAAUGACAGUGAGACACUGACCAUGAUCAUGGACUGCAAAUACACCGUACCCACACACGUGUCUCUGGCCUGCAAAGACCUGAUAAACCGCAUGCUGCAGCGGGACCCCAAGCGCCGGGCCUCUCUGGAGGAGAUCGAGAACCAUGCCUGGCUGCAGGGCGUGGACCCCUCCCCCGCCACCAAGUACAACACCCCGCUCGUCUCCCACAAGAAUCUGUCCGAGGAGGAGCACAACGGGAUCAUCCAACGCAUGGUGCUGGGGGACAUCGCCGACCGUGAAGCCAUCAUCGAGGCUCUGGAAACAAACAAGUACAACCACAUCACUGCGACGUACUUCCUGCUGGCCGAGAGGAUCCUCAGAGAGAAGCAGGAGAAGGAGGUUCAAAACCGGUCAUCCAGCCCCAGCAACAUCAAAGCCCAGUUCAGGCAGUCCUGGCCCACGAAGAUCGACAUGCACCAGGACAUCGAGGACAGCCUGGCGGGCCCCUCCAUGUCUCACGCCGGGGGUCCGCAGUCGCCCGCUCGCAGUGCCGAGAACCUUCUCAACGGCCACCGCAGCAAAGGCCUGCUCGACCUGGGGAGGAGAGAGGAGCCCUGUGAACCCUCCCUCCUGUCCCUGACCCCACCCCUGCAAGCCCCUGCCCCCCCCAACCCGCUCAAGCCCCCCCAGGCCCCCGCCCCCGCUGCCUCCGGCAAGCAGCGCACCUGCCUGUUCCGCGUGGAGGAGGACGAGGAGGAGGAAGAGGAGCAGGAGCCGGCGCCCCUGCCCGCGCAGGUGGUGCUCCGCCGCAAGCCGGCCGGCGUCACCAACCGGCUGACGUCCCGCAAGAGCGCCCCCGUGCUCAACCAGAUCUUCGAGGAGGAGGGCGAGUCGGACGACGACUUCGACAUGGACGAGGGCCUGCCGCCCAAGCUGAGCCGGCUGAAGAUGAACAUCGCCUCGCCGGGCACCGCGCACAAGCGCUACCACCGGCGGAAAAGCCAGGGCCGCGGCUCCAGCUGCUCCAGCUCGGAGACCAGCGACGACGACUCGGAGAGCCACCGCCGGCGCCUGGACAAGGACACCGGAUUCACCUACGGCUGGAACCGGAGGGACAGCAGCGAGGGGCCCCCAGGGAGCCCUGGGGGUGGUGGGGGAGGAGGCGGGCAGGGGAAGCCCCCGGGCGAGGGCGGAAACCCGGGGCCCGACAAGGGCAGUCCCCCUGGGGGAGGAGGGGGUGGAGGUGGAGGUGGAGGUGGAGGUGGUGGAGGAGGUGGGGGUGGCGGUGGGGGAGGAGGAGAAGGCGGCAAAGGACAAGGCAGCCCCUCCAGCUGCUCCAGCGGGAGCACCAACCACACGACGGGCUCCACCCGCAGCUCGGCCAAGACCGGCGGCGGUCUGGUGGAGAGCCUCAAACUCAUGAGCCUCUGUCUCAGCUCCCAGUUCCACCACCUGGCGGGGGGCGGCAGCGGGACUGGCACUGGGAGUGGGGUCGGAGGAGGAGGGGGAGGAGGAGGUCUGAGCAGGUUCAUCAUGGACCCCCAGUGCUUCUCCAGCAUCCGGGUGCAGGAGAGGUCCUCAUGGAGGAUGUGCAUCGGGGGCUCCACCGGGAGCCUGGACAAAGUCUCGCUGCUCGCCUCCGCUGGACUCGGAGGUCCCGCCCCCAAGUCCGGCCCCGACCAAUCGGCCUCAACGCUCAACGAACUGGACCUGGCCCGCGCCAACAGCAUGAACCUGAAAAACAAGGUCCUGCAGCUACCUCUCAGUGACAAGACCAUCUCUGUGAACAUCCAGAGGAGCCCCAAGGAGGGGCUUCUCUGCCCCCCCAGCCAGGCCAGCUGCUGUCAGGUCAUAUGACCACAGGUCCCCUCCCUCCCCGCCUGCCCACCAUAUCUGUAGCAUACUGAACUCCUGUUCGACAGCGCCACUCUUCCAGUGGCUACGAACAACCUCUGUACACACCGUUACCUAAGCCCACUCUUCUUUUGUCUUAAUUCUCCCUGUCUGAUGGGAUUUUCUAUUUUGUUUGGUAGGUUUACAGUUCACAAAGAGGUGCAUGCUGCUAGUUUUCAUUUGUUCUUUAUUUAGGUUGAUUCAGGUUCAGGUUUUUUUUAUCGGCACUUUUAUGGUACUACCUUCUCUUCUGGAAAUCACAUUUAAAGGGAUGGUCAUUUGAGUUUGGGUGAAAGGUUGUUGAGCUUGAUGAAUGAGAAGAACUGAAACCCAGGGUAAAGUCUUUUAGCCGUUAUUUGUGGAAUGUAUUAGGCAGGAAGAGAAGUCGAUGACACAAUCAAAGCAAUAAGAGUGAUAUCACCCCAGGAAGGCCUUGGAUUGGACGACUCGUAUUCCGCCACAAGCAGAUGCACUGAUCUUGAUUUUAGCCCCUCGUUGUUCAGUCUUAAACUGUCUUAAGUCUUAUGACUCAUUUAAAUAACAGAAAUACAAAUACUUCUAUGAAAAUUAUUUUAAACUGUAAAUCAACAUUUUAACCUGGUGGAUGAGACUGGAGUCUGAAAAGUGCCAGUUAAUUAUAUUGCACACUGACAAUCUUUUUCUUUUCUUUUUUUUUUUAAUUGAAAUGAAUCGAUUUUAAAAUAUAAUCAAGAGUUUCAGGUUGAGAUUUAUUUUGGGUUUUUUUUAUCUUCACUGCCUGAUACACAAAGGUCUACCUGUUGUAAUUGUCUUUAUUUACCGGUGGGUUUUUACUAUUUUUCAGUACACAAACAGAUGUGUAACAGGUUAAUCAAAUGAAAAUCAUAAUUGUAUUCCUAAAACAGGGUAUAUCUUUAGAUGUGGUAAUCAUUCCUGUUUAUGAGCAGAUCUCACGUCUGCACUAUCCGAGUUUAUCAACCGUUAUGCAGUGAGAUUUAAUUUAUGACUGGACAUGUGCCUCCUUCUGUACUUUUUGCCUCCACUCUCGUCUUCUAUGGUAUAUAUACAUUUUAAAUCGAGAAGGGCGGGGUGUCGAGGGACCUGGGUUCCAGUUUGGGUGGUCCGGUUGGAGUCCGAUUAUGACCAGGUCAUGUCUAGGUGAUGAAAGAAGAACUCACCAAGCUCUUCAAAACUACAUUUACCAGUCAGAGACAGUGUCGCAUGUUAACCUUGGUGUGAGCAUUUGGUGAAGGAGGGAAGGGGCACUUACAGGUGAGGUUUAAGUUAUCUGUGGUGAACCAGACUAAACGAUCAUGAAAGAAGAAACAAAUAAGGAAUAUAUUUUAAAGGGCAUUGGCAAUAAGCUAUGUGUUGCAGCUAUCUGUAAAUGAAUAAAUAUUUUGUUUUAUAUUUAAAACAUGUACAGCCUUGAACAGAAAAUUAUAACCCCCACCCUUGUGUAUUUUAGUGUCUCCACCCUCCCCCUCCUCAGCAGAAGAUUUGUAAAUAAAGUUGUAAAUAUGGUAAUAUUGUGCUCUACAUUUAGAGGAGCAGUGUUGAGCCUUUGGUGCAUAGCUGUAAAAUAGCCAUAUUAGUUAUGCGUGUUUCAAAACAAAAAAGUAUAUAUAAAAAAUAAAAAAACCCAACCAUAAUACUGAUAAUGUGGAUCUCUUUGACUGUUGUCUUACCCUGAUGUAUCCAGGUAUAUGGCUGUGCAUGUGUUGUACAUUUUACGUUAUCAAUUGAGGUACAGCAAGGGGGAGAGAGCAACCACUACAUCUGAGCAAUGUUUAUCGGACCAAACGUCACUCCACGUCAAAUAAAAUGGCAACAAUGCAAACCAAGAAGGUGAACAAUACUACUCUGUACCGAAAUUCUGUCUCCAAAAGUUGCGUCUAGCUAUGGUAAUGUCCAAAAUAAAAUGUUGUGGAUAAAAUCUA